AGAAGUGGUGCCCGUUGGCAAGCCAUGGUGGUACAUGCCGUGCAUCGUGUGGCAAGAGCUGUGCCACGGGUUGUGCUGAUCGGUGUCUUCCUUCUAGCAGUGGCCAACACUUUGGACUUUCAACUUGCAAGGCCAGAAGCUUCCCAACUUCGUUCGGUCAGGCUUUGUGCCACUGAGAAGGCCGAAGUGGCAGGGAAGGAUGAGAAGGACGGAGGGCGAUCCGAGUCACAAGAGAUGCCAGAGGUUGCCUGGGAUGCGUCGUUCCUUGGUGUUCUGAUUUUGGCUCUACCUCUGAUUGCCAUCUUCGCCGGGCGCUUCGAGUGAUCCACGUCUUAUAUUUUCCAGUUUCAGAAUGACCGUAGCAGACCGGUGAUCGAUUUAAAGAGGCCCACCAGUAGGCUUCCACUUUUUAAGCUUUGCAGGGAUUCCUUAUAGAGUUACCAGCUCUGGGAUAAAA